CAAAAAUAUCAGUUUUACGCGAUACUUUCACAUCGCCAAGUAACGAUAAAAUUUUUUAGUCAAACAUUUGCUUUAGACAAGUGUUCUGAAGUGGAAUUUUGUUUUUUUUUAUUUUCUUGUUUUAUUUUAUUUUAUUUUUUUUCCUUUUCCUAAAAUCAUAAAUAAAUUGAUUGACUGUUUGCAAAAAUGAAAAAUAUUUUCAUUAUUACGAUUUUAAUGUUUAUUGUAACUUUUGUUGGUUCAAAUGCUGAUUUGUUAGAUUGCGAGGAGAGAAUAUUACCCGCAACUUUAUCAGAUAUUGGACCUAAAAUAUCCCGAGAAUCCGAAGAGCAUUUGGCUGGUUUUUUCAAGAAAUGGGGCUGCCAUAUAAAAAGAGGCGCCUCCAAGCUCGGCGAAGAUGUUAAAGAAGGUGCAAAAAAGCUGCGUGAAGGUGUUAGGGAAGGUGCAAAAAAAUUAAAAGAAAAAACUGAAAAUCUUGGCUCGAAAAUUGCAACGAAAUUUCACGAUAUUAAAGAUCAUUUAAGCAAAGAUUCCGAUGAAAGCUUCGAAAUUAAGCAUAAACUGUUCGCCGAUAAUGUGGAAAUCGUUAAUCCGGAUAUAUUAAAAGGGGAUCAAUUGUGCGGACACGGUCACAUUCUAGAUGCAUUGGGUAACUGCAGUAAAUUACGGAAAUAGUAAUUAAGUAAAUGCAGGCGAUUUCAUAGUUAAGCCAAAUAUCAAAUCCGACAUAUUCGCCCAUAUAUGCGAGAAAUCUCUUGAGUUGCCCGUUGCUUGUUGCCCGUUGCCCGUUGCCCGUUCCCUGUCGCCCGUCGCCCGUUGCCCGGCGCCCGAAGGAAAAAAUCGACAAAAUAAAUGAACGAAAUUGAUUGCAACGAGUGUGGAUUGACAAACAAAUUAUUAUUAUAUUGUUCUCGCAUUUUCCCAGAUUCAAAAUUAUCUUUGAAACGUUCAAUUUGCUUAUGUAUGUUUUCUCCACUCAUAUCAAACAAAUAAAGUGAUUUCUUUUUUUGUUUUUCUUUUUUCCUCUUCAAAA